UUACUAUAUUAACUAAUGUAUAAAUAAUAAUUAAGAUUAUUUAAAUAUUUAUAUUUUGGUAUUUAUAACUAAUGCGAAUAUUUUCUUGCAGUGUGCGCCACUUACCCCGGACUCGGACCCAAUCUGAAUGGAACCCAGGAGGGCAUGCUGAGCUGGCCGCUGGUCUAAUGCAAUUUGAAAUGUGUAAUGCAAUCGGCCCCUUUUCGUGGCAAUUCGAGCAAUUUUCUUUGCUUGGCCUGGGGCUGGUUGGGUCUUCCAGAUUGGCACGCUCGUCUCGCUGGACUUAGUUACAAAUCUGUCGCUGGACUGGAACUUUGAGCUGUUAGGAAUCGCAAUCGGAAUCCCAAGCCAAAACCUCUCUAAAUCCGGAUUUGUGUCGCGAUCGAUAUGAGUUCGGCAAAACAUCUGAAGACGCUGAGUAAAAGUGAGAUCGAGAAUUUCUAUGGCUCUUUCGAUUUGGUCCUUUGCGAUUGCGAUGGAGUGGUUUGGUAUCCCCUGAGGGACUUUAUUCCCGGUUCCGCCGAGGCCUUGGCCCAUUUGGCGCUUCGGAACAAGCAGGUGACCUUUGUGACCAACAACAGCAUCAGUUCGGUGAAGGAGCACAUUGAGAAGUUCGAGAAACAGGGUCAACUGAAGAUUAAAGAGCAUCAAAUCGUUCACCCUGCACAAACGAUCUGCGAUCAUCUGAGGUCCAUUAACUUCCAGGGACUUAUCUACUGCCUGGCCACGCCUCCAUUUAAGGAACUUCUUGUGGCCGCCGGGUUUCGGCUGGCAGAAGAUAGCGGCAGCGGGAUCAUCGAGAGCCUUAGGGAUCUCCACGAGGCCAUCUAUGGCGGCGACUCGGUGGAUGCGGUCAUCAUCGAUGUGGAUUUUAAUCUGUCGGCGGCCAAGAUGAUGCGAGCCCAUGUCCAGCUCCAGAAUCCCAAGUGCCUCUUCCUGGCGGGAGCUGCAGAUGCCCUAAUACCUUUCGGCAAGGGCGAGAUUAUAGGACCUGGAGCCUUUAUCGAUGUGGUUUCCCAAUCCGUUGGCCGUCGGCCCAUCACUUUGGGCAAGCCGGGAGAGGAUCUGCGCCAGGUGCUAUUGGCUCGUCACCCGGAAAUCCCGCCCAGCCGCGUGCUCUUCGUGGGCGAUAGCCUAGCCAGCGACAUUGGAUUCGGCCGCGCCAGUGGCUACCAGACGCUCCUCGUCCUCAGCGGUGGCACCAAGCUGGAGGACGUCCAGCGACUGCCGCCCGACCAUCCCCAGAUGCCCGACUAUGUGGUCGACUGCCUGGGGCAGCUGCUAGCAGAUAAUCCGCCUUCGAGUAAUUGUGACUCGGCGGAUUUCACUUGAUAGCGUUUCGAGUGUUUGUCAGAAACCAGAAAGUGUUUUAGAUUACAAUUAAUAGAUUAUCCGCAGGUCCGUAUCGAACAAACAAAACACAACAAUCAUUUGAUUUGAUUUCUUUACUAGGAAAAAUAUUCAAAAUAUUUAAAAUUAAAUAAUUUUCUACAAAAAUUUCUAACAAAUCUGAUUUUUUCACUAUAAAGAAAUGCAAAAUAUUUAAAAUUAAUUUACUCCCUACUUUCAAAACGAAUCAAAAUAAAAUAUUGCAUGGAACUUGGAAUUUACACUUGAAUUU